UCUGGUGUCCUCUGCGUCUGCUGCUGGAGCUCUGCGGAUGGAGCACGCGGGACUCCUCUUCCUCUGUCACUGCUCUGUGUUUGUUUUCAGCAGCGUCCUCCUUCCGGUGUCAGCUCUACAGUCCGGCUCACCUGAACGAGUCUUUGCAGUCGCCGGCGAAGAUGUCGUCCUCCCAUGUCACUUCAACCCAUCUAUCAGCCCCUCACCCUUCGGCCUGACGGAGUGGUCACGGGUGAACGGUCCCUCCCUGUCCACGGUUCAUGUCGUCCGCAAUGGAGAGGAGCUGGAAAAGGAGACAACAGAAGAGUACCGCGGGAGGACGGCGGUGGCAGAAGACGGCUCUCUGAUGCUGCGAAGCGGCACACGGCGAGACAGCGGCACCUACAGAUGUUUCCGUCGUGGAGGAUCAUCUGUGACAGUGUUUGUCUCUCUCAUUGUUGCUCAGGUGUCUGAGGUCAACGUCACUGUGCGGGAGUUGUCCAAUGAGCUGGUUGUACACUGUGAGUGCAGCAGCUGGGGCCUGAAGCCGCGGGUCUCUCUGCUGGACGCCGAGGGAAACGUCCUCCCUGCUGAGAACGAGUCGUCAGUCGAACCGGGCGACCUCUACUCCGUCAGGGCGCACCUGGGCCUGGCUAAAGGAAAAUCAAAAAAGAGUGGAAUCAUGGUCUGUCAAGCGGAGAUCACUGAGCUGCGCCUGGUGAAGGAGAAACGGAUCGAUAUCAGUGAAAAGUUGAGUGUUUCGGAGGCGGAGGUGGGUCCUGGAUACACAGUCGUAGCCAUCGUCCUGCUUGUCGUCGCCGUUGUCGUCAUCGCUGUCGUCGUCAUCGUUGUUCUUAAUUGGAAGGUUGAGAAGCUGCAGCGUCUGAGAGCGUUCUGCACCAGACUGGUCCAACAGCCGCUCCGAGGAGAAGAGGCACAACCACUUCUCAAAGACAUAGACAUCGCCCAGGUGAACACGACAGGAGCGUCUGAAAUCACGGCGAAAGCUCACCAUGUGUUCAACAAAGAUCAACUGCUGGAUGGAGUCAAAGUCUCACAACAGCUGGCUGAAAGAGACCUGGACGAGAUGAACAAAUACAAAGACAUCAUCAACAGUGUGGGAGAAUCUGAAAACAUCCCCCCCUCCCUGCUCGCUGGCAUCAUCUGCAGACAGUCUCAGGCCGGAACCAAGCUGGAUCAAAACGGCUUCGGACUGUACGACUCAAACUGCUUCGGUCUCAUGCAGAUCCAUAAGCUUUACAACCGUCUGGAAGGCGGCCCGUUCAGCAAGGAACAUGUGGAACAAGGAGCCAGAAUCAUCGCCAGGCUCCUUCAGAUCAUGCAGAAGGAGAGGAAGAACUGGACCACACAACAGCACCUGAAGGGAGCGUUGGCUUGUUACAUCGCAGGUGAGGAGACCGUCCUUAAUUUGAAGGAUCAUGAGGACGUGGACAGUGCGACGCCAUGCAACGACUUCGCCAAUGAUGUGAUCGCCAGAGCGCGUUGGUUCGCCAUGAAAGGCUUCAAGAGUAAAAGUAUUAAGAUAGAUGUUUUACCGAGCUGAAACAGACAGCUCUAAAAAAACAAGUGAGUUCAGCUUUGAAUCUCCUAAAUUACAGUUUCCAUUCAAAAAUAAAGUGAAGCUGUGAGUUACGAGCAGGGCAGCAGAGCUGAAGGAGCUGAUGUCUGAAGUAGGUUUAGGGUUAGAUAUUGAUUACAUCAUUAGAAUUCAAAUAUUAUUUUGAUGUAUGUGUUAAACAAACUUGAAAGAUGAAGCAACUUCCUGUAAAUGAUGUCACUUCUGGAAUGUACCAUUAUUUUACAAGGGUUUUUUAGGUGAGGGUUGACUUGAAAUCAGGGGACACCCUUCAAGGCUUCAGUGGUUAGCAACAACACUGAUUGUGCUGCCUUAUUAAGGUCCUAAGUGGAUCUGUUGUGUGUAUUUUAGAUGUAUUACAGGAGCUGAGGUUGAAAUGCCAAUAACGCAGCCAAAAUGACCAAAACAUCAAAAAUGAAAAGGACAAAAAUGUCCAUAGGGAUGCACAACGGUUAUUAAUGAUUAUAUCCUUCACUUUACUGUGGCAGUAUUAAUACCUUCACCUUAAACUCAGGGAACAUUAAUGGAAACUUUGCUACAUGUUGAAAAGCCUUAAAAGUAUUUGUUAUGUUUUAAAUGUGUCAUAUUCAAAUUGGGAUUUCUAUGACAUCAUGUGGCAUUUAUAUGACAUCAUUGUUCUCAUGUUACAUUAAUGAAGAUUAAUGAAGAACAAGUUUUUGUCACUGACAUUUACUCUUACUGUUUAUGUUGAGAAGACAAUGUGUUGUUAAUGAGCUGUAUGAGUUUAGAAGAAAAAAAUAAUUAAUCCAAGAAGCUGAAACAUUUUACCAUUUAGCAGAAAGUGAGAUCAUGAAAAAACAUUAUACUGGUGAAUCAUGGGUUUAAAGAAAUGUUUUCAUCUGAGCAGUUCUCUAAGGUGUCAUGAUUUUGAGAAAUGGACACCAGUUAGCAGGAGCUAGCUUUAGCAUGAUACCAAGAGUCUGUUUGCUGACCGGUUCUUCCAAAGAGCUUAAGUUUUUUGUUUAAAGACAAGAACUUUAGACAUUUUGGAAACAAACCUAUUUUUAUGACAUUUGUAUAAGGGCUUAAAGAGCUCGUUCUGACGUGGAAUAUAAUAAUAAUGUGCCACGUUAGUAUCUUGGAACUCAUAAGUUAACAUCCUGUUUGUAAAAGUUAGCAUCUUGCAAGUUAAUGUCUUCGUUUCAAAUGAAUUGCAGCCAACAAUAACAACACUCUCUGUUACAGUAACAUUUGUGUUACAGGAGUAUUACUCAUUAUAGAGCCAUUUACUUUACCGGUAAAGCCGGUAAUAAAAGAAAUCUCAGUGGAAACGUCACCACAUGUUGAAGGACUUUAAAAGUUUACGUUACGUUUUAUUUUUGAACUGUGUCACAUUUCUUAUUUCAGUGUUCAAGUUCAGUGUUUCAUUAUUAUUCUCUGUGAUAAACAUUUAUCUCCCGCGUGUUUUGUCCAUGAAAGUUUUCACAAUCCUGAAAUAUGACACAGUAACUUUCCAAAGAAUAAAGUGUGUUUUG